UCCAAUAUGGCGCACUUUUACUAGCAGAAAUAAGCGUGUGUCGACACGAAAUACGUCAAACAACAUAAUAAUGACUGACCCGAGAAGUGACGGGGUGUUAGUUCGCUAUUACUGCACCGCCGGUAACGGGAUGGAGCAUUUCUUAACUGGCGAGGUGAAGAGGAAGCUGGCAGCCGAAGAUGUGUGUCAGAUGACAGGUAAAGUGUUAUUCAGCUCCUCCGCGAGGAUCGACAGAGUCAGUGAGUUGAAGGCUGCAGAGAGGCUCUUCCUCCUGUUGAAACAUGACUCGCCUGUGCAGCUCUCUGCUCACACCAACCCAGCAAAGGCAGCCUCUGUGCUGCAAUCCAGACUGUUGGGUGACGGGAGUCAAUGGACCAAUGCCGUAGUGACAUGGAGCCGCCUGCAGGGGGAACUAGCCAACAGGAGAACUACUGUCAAUACAUCAGGCACUGCCCUGGGUAUGAAGAGGACGAUGGAGGAGGGGAGAGGGAGUGAGGAACAGAGGGAAGAAGAGGAGAAGUGCAAUGUGGAGAUUGGAAAGAGUACAGCAGAGCAGAGGGUGGAGGGAAGUGGAACCAGGAGGCUGAGAAGUGGUGAAGAAAAUGGAGCUCAGACACUGGAAAAGAAGAGAAAAAGAGAGAUGGUACAAAGAGGAGAAAAGAUAAGCAGAGAAACCUGUGGAGUUGAGAGGAGGAUGGUAAUGGAUGGUAAUGUAAAGAAAGGAAUUACAUCAGAAACUGAUUUGCAUGGCAGAGGAUCAGCUGGUGUCCACACAACAGCAGGAAUAGACCACAAUGUGGAAAGUAGCAGCAGGAGGAUAGAUGACAUGCCAGAGGACUGUGCUGUGGAAAAUGUGGAACAUGUGAAGACUACUGGAGAAGAAGAGAAGACACUACUGCAACCCAGCAGGAUCACACCAAAGAUUACUCCCUCUGUCCCUGUCUCUUUUAGGAUCAGCUGCAAGUGUACUGGAUCUCUGUCUCGACACUUCAGCACACAGGAGUUGAGCAAAGUGAUUGGAGUAGGUUUGAGCAGACUCCUGGGCUGGAAGGCUGAGCUGAAGAAUCCACAGCUGGAGGUAAAUGUUUAUUUGAGUGACGACCACUGCCUGAUGGGGAUUCCACUGACCAGGUUACCUCUGGCAAACCGGAGCUACAUUAAAACCACAGGACUGAGGUCUACAAUAGCCUGGGCUAUGGCCUCACUGGCUCAGAUACAGCCAGGUUCCUGUGUAGUCGACCCAAUGUGCGGGGUGGGAACCAUCUUAGUAGAAGCAGCGCAGGAACACAAGGCUGCCUGUUUCCUGGGUAUGGACAAUGAUGAUAGACAGCUGCAGAGGGCCAAUGAGAACAUUGAGUUUGCAGAGCUGGGAAACAGGAUACACCUGCUGAAUGCUUCAUCUAUGGCGCUGCCUCUGGCCAGUGCCACUGUAGAUGCCGUGGUCUGUGACCUGCCGUUUGGCAGGAAGUUUGGCACCAAAACAAACAUGGCUACCAACCUGCCAGUCAUUGUGACUGAGAUGGAGAGGGUCCUCCGUGUUGGUGGUACCAUGGUCCUCCUCCUGAGUCCUCAGUUAUCCUUUCUCCUCAAAAAACUCCUGGCACAAAAAGACACUGAACCAAAGUCUAACCAGGAAACACAGCCUCAAACUGGAUUACUAGACGGCCGAUCUCCUUCUCUACCUUCCAGAAAGCUGCAGACUUUCCAAAUUCACCAGGGGUUGAAACCCUCACCUACCAAGGAAACAGACACUCACUCAGGGGUACAACAACCCCUGCCUCCACCCCUCUCCUCUCUGAAGCACCAAGCAACUCUGAGAGUUAGCUUAGGUGCAAUAGAUGGACUUAUCCAUAAAUAUGUCAAGAUAAGUGUUUGAUCAGUGUUGAUGGAAGUCACAUUUCAAAGUUACUACUUUGUUUAUUUUGUUACUUAUCAUGAAAAAUGAGUAGUUAUAUUGAAAUUCCAUGCUUUAUUAAAACUAGUCUGUAAUAUGUUUUUUUA